AUGGAGCAGGCCUGCGCUCCGAAUUCUGGGACAGCUGGCGCUGGAGGAGGGACAACUGGUAAUGCAGCCGGAGCCGGUGCCACCAAUACUGGAGGAGCGGGAAAUGGUGGUGCAGGAGCCGGUGCCACUAAUACUGGAGGAACCACUAAUACUGGAGGAGCGGCAAAUGGUGGUGCAGGAGCCGGUACCAAUGGGCGAAAACGUGAAGUCGAUGUCAAUUCUCAUUGA